UCAAUUCCUAUUUAUUUUUGGCACCGUCACCCUAUGUUUUUAACAAUCAAGAGGCGCCGCGUCGCUCUUCGUCGAUUCGCUCAGCUUGUUCGACUUUUUCGAAACAAACUCUGAGAGUUUCGCACCACUUCACAGCAAUUGUUCCGAAAAAAUUGUGUGCAUUUGCGGAGUCGGCCACUGUCUAUGACAAUUUAGAGCACCGAAGCUGGACCAGAGUUGAAAGUACCUAAAAAAAGAACAAUGCUUGGAUUGGACUGUUACAGAGGCGCCGUCUUCUUUUCGGCUUCAUUAAUGGUCUACUAUGUGUACUCUAUUUAUAAUUAUGGCUACCAAAUGAUCCUAAAUACUCACCUGCUUAGCGUUAUGAUUUUUGGACUGAUUUUGGAGGUCUUUUGCCUUGUAGGAGUCAUAUUCCAAUACUUUUUAUACAUGGGAGCAAAAAUGAAUGAUCCCAACAAUGUGACAAGAUGGUUGUAUUUUUCCAAGUUCGCAAACAUCCCCUAUUUCUGCUUCGUUUCAGUGGCGUUUGCUGUUCAUUUCCAAUGGAUAGCUCUUGUAAGGGAAGUUCUGUGCUUCAUUUUCUUGCUGCUAGGAAUCUUUUCGAUGAAUUCAUACUUGCCGAAGAUGACUCAUAACCCGGACACAAAUGUUUAAUAACGUGCAAUUUUUAAAAUUGAUUAAAAUUGAAAAUAAAAUACUAAA